AUGAUUUCGAGGUGGAUUAUUUAUAUUUUAUUUGUUUUUAUUUAUUUUAUCUAUGGAGAUACACAAGGAUCUAAUUUUGGAGAGAUUCCAAAUGUGUCCUUCACGAAUACAUCAACAACAUCAGCAAUUUCGGCAAAAACAAAUCAAUAUAUUCGCGAUCAAUUAGUUCGUUUAACUGAAGAAUUUUCAUCAAUAAAAUUACGUAGUACUAGCCGAGUAAUGCGUCAUAUAUAUACGCAGUCAUUAAAAACAUUUGUUAUUGAAAAACGUAAUUUAACUGAACUUGUAACAGAAAUGGCUAAUUAUACAAAUCGUGCAAUUAUGAAAAAACUUGAAGCUAUUAGAAAUUUAGUUAGUAUAAGUGAACAAUCAUAUCGAAAAUUUGCCGAAACAGAUGAAACAAUUCGUAAUGCUACUUUUACAUAUAUGACGAAUCAUGGUUAUUUAAAUUCCAAACAUGCUCUUAAUGUAACAAUAAAUACUACAUCUGAAAAUUCUACUCUUACAACAACUACAACUACAACAUCUCAAGUAAUAAUAAAUGAUGAUAAAACAAUUACUAGUGGAUUAUCAACACGAGAACCAAUAUCGACAAGUACAAAUAAAAAUGAAGUUUCACCAAGUGAAACAUCAAAUGAUCAUGGAAGAGAAACUGAAGUGGAAGGUGUAUUAGAUAAGAAAUUAGUUAUUCAACAAAAAAAACAUUUCGGUGGUGCUUUUGUUAAUAUAACACAUAGUACAGUACAUGUACCAACAAUUAUCUAUUCAUUAAAUCAAGAAAUUCUUUUAACAGCUAAUUGGUCUUAUAAUCUUAAUCAAGCAUUUAUUGAUAAUUAUAAUCAAGAUCCUGAAUUAACUUGGCAAUAUUUUUGUAGUCAAACAGGUCUUUAUCGUGUAUGGCCAGGUCAUAUAUGGGAGUAUCCAGAAAGUGAUGAAGAUAAAUUAGAUUUAUUUGAUUGUCGUGUACAAAAUUGGUAUAUUCGUGCAACAUCAUCACCACGUGAUGUUAUUAUUUUAAUUGAUGCAAGUGGUUCAAUGACUGGUUUAAAACGAUCUAUUGCUAUACAAACAGUUGAAACAAUACUUGAUACUUUAUCUGAUGAUGAUUUUGUACAAAUUCUUAAAUUUCAAGACAAUGCACAUCGUAUUGAUGAUUGUUUUCAAGGUGGACUUGUUCAAGCAACAGUAGAAAAUCGACAUCGAUUUCGAACAUCAGUUAAUAACAAUUUUCAAACAGAUAAUAUUGCAAAUUUUUCAAAAGCACUUGAUAUGGCAUUUGAUAUAUUAGAUAAUGCACGAGUUACUAUAGCUCGUACUGAAAAUGCAAGAUUACUAUGUCAAUGUCAUUAUUUAUCAUCUGAUAAUCAAACUGAUGCAGAACGUGAAGCUGCUUGUCCAUCCGAUUUUAAUGCAACAAGAUAUGAACCUGAUGAACCUAUAUUUUUGGAUAGUACUGGUUGUAAUAAAAUGAUAAUGAUUGUUACCGAUGGAGCAACUGAAACAGCAAUAGAAGUUUUCAAAAAACGUAAUUGGCAACCAGAUAAUAAUGCAACAUGUCAUGCUAUUGAAACGAGAGUAUUUACGUAUAUGAUUGGAAGAGAAUUAGGAGAUCCAAAACAUAUCAAAUGGAUGUCAUGUGCUAAUAAAGGUUAUUUUGCACAUGUAUCUACAUUAGAAGAUAUUCAAGAAAAUGUUGAAGAUUAUAUUCCUGUUACAGCACGUCCAAUAGCAAUGUAUAAUGAUCAUGUCACUGUUUGGAGUAGUGUUUUUCUUGAUGUUGAACGAACAUUACCUAUAAAAGCAUAUAAAUGGUUUGCAUUUAAAGUUGCGGAUUUAUCAAUAACAAUGGAAGAAUUUAAAAAUAAAUCAAAACCUGUUAAUCUGAUGAUUUCAAUUGCUCAACCUGUUCUUAAUCCACCUGAAAAUAAAACGGAUACGACAAUUUUAUUAGGCGCUGUUGGUGUGGAUAUUCCAGUUAAACUUCUACAAGAAUUUUCACCAAAAUAUCGACUUGGUGUUCAUGCGUAUUCAUUUAUGAUUAAUCAUAAUGGCUAUUUAAUGUUUCAUCCGGAUUUACGACCUGUGUUGGGUCCAUAUCGUAAGCAAAAUUAUCAUUCAAUUGAUUUGGAUAUGGUUGAAAUUCCUGCUAAUCUUAUGCGUUUUGUACAUCCAUUACCACCGAGUAAAAUUCAACACAUACGUAAACAAAUGAUACAAUCCGUUGAAAAUCAGACAACAGCUCGAGUUAAAAAACAUCUUGAUGAUAUGAAACGAAUUGAAGAAGUUGAACAAAGUUAUUAUUAUGCGACACUAGGUGAUAAAGAAUCGAAUCCUUUCAGUUUGGGAAUUGUUGUACGUGGUCCGUAUGGUGAAUAUGAUAUUCAAACAAUUGAACCCAAGACUGAUAAAGUUCAAACUGCACUUCGUUUUAUUCUUCAACGAAAUGUUCGUAUUGCUGAUUGGAUUUAUUGUAAUUCUACAGCUGAAGAUGAUAUUGGUGACACGGAAGAAUCGUUUCGUGGUUAUCUUAAAGAAAAAAUUGAAACCGGAAAAAUUAAAUCAUGUCCAUAUAGAGCAAGUAAACAAUUGAUUUUUAUGAUGAUUGAAGAAUUAUAUAUAAUGAGUAAAUUUGAAAAUUGGACAAAAACUGGUAUAACUGGCUCGGAACAUCCUCAACCAUUAGAUCCAAAAGCGCAUGCUGAAUUUAAGGAAUAUCAAAAUGAAAAUCAUUUACAUUGGAUAUUCUUAGCAACUCGUUCAGGAAUAACUGCUUAUUGGAAAUUAUAUGACUUAGCUAAUGAAGAACAUAUUCGACAAUUUAGUGAUGCAAAUCCAAACUCCAUUGAAUCAGGUUAUUAUGAAAGAACAAUCAAUGCAACAUAUACAUAUGGAGCAGAUCAUAUUGAUGGUGAUCAUCAAGUUUAUUCACUUUUUUAUGGUGUAUCAAAUGUACCUGUAACAAAUUCACAAGGAAAUACUGGUUCAACAACGACAACAACAUCGACAAUGAUAACAACACAUAUGUAUUUAGUUAUAACAUCAGCCAUAUGGAUGAAUAAAACAUCGAAUAAACCACAACCGAAACCAACAGGAAGUGCACAGAAUGUUCCAUUUGGAGUUUUCGGAGUUGUAUUACCUUAUAAAACUGUAAGAUCAAGACAUUUCUCCAAUCUUUGUGCAAAAAUGGAUACAGGUGUAUGUUAUAUUAUUGAUGAAAAUGGUUACAUUAUGUUUAUUAGUCAACCGGAAGGACAAGAUAGAAUUGAAGAUAUUGGAAAAUUUAUAGGCGAAUUUGAAGGUCCACUUAUGCACGAUUUAGUAGCGAAAAAGAUUUUUUCUGAAGUUAAAAUGGUUGAUUUUCAAGGUGUUUGUUUAAAACGUGCAAUACGUUAUGAAAAAAGUUCCGGUGGUCUUUUUCGUGGUAUACUAAAAACAAUUUCUGUCAUGUUAUGGAAUAUCAUUAAUCAUAUUGCAAUGGUUCUUGUUCGCGAUAUUGUUUAUUGGCCACAAUGGUCUUAUGCCGCAAAAAAAGCUAAUGUUGCUAAUCAAAAUAUAACAACUCCUAAACCUCUAAAGGAAACUUUUACUCGAGAAAGUCUUAGCAAUAUUCUCUUAACAUAUAUUGAUUUUCGUCGUCCGGCAGUUGAUUAUAAACGAACAAAUACUACAAAAGAUGAUGAUACAAUUGAUCGAACACCAGUAUCAUGUAUUGAAGAAUUUAAUUUAUAUGUUUCAACAUGGAAAGGUUGGCAAGGACCAUUACCAUCAAAAGAUAAUAGUAUAACAUGGGAACAAGUUGAACGUGAAAAUUCAGUUCAAAGUACAAUUAGUUGUACACAUGUUGCUAAAGAUAUUCCUGAAGAAUUCGAUGAUUUCUAUGGAAAUAAUUCAAAUGGAACAAAUUUUUCAACAACAAUUCCAACACCACCACCAUUACCCACCGCUGAAUCAUUUGGUUAUGUUAUAUCAAGAAUUCCAAAAACGAAUUUAAUGAUGAUUUAUGUCAAUCAUUCAAAAGAAUCAUCACAAUUAUGUGGAAAUUUACUUAUAAAACGUAAACCAGUUGAAUUUACAGAAGACGAUGUAUGUACACGACUAAAAACAACACCAUAUCGUGAAAGACCACAUAAAUGCUUUUUUGUACAUGAUGGAGAAAAUAAAACAUUAUUUACGAAAUGUUCAAAUGCUAUUCGAUCGACGAAUUAUUCAUUAUUUGAUAACAUUCUAUGGAUUUUCAUUCUUUUAUUUUCUUAUUUAAGAACUUAA